CUCUCUGUGUUGCCGAUACAUUCUGAUAUUUUUUAAGUUUAUUUAAAAUCGUUUAAUUAGUAUUUAAAAAAGAAAAACAAAAUGAAAAUUUUAUAUAAAACUCUGCUGUUUACAGCAGUGUUUAUGGCUGGUUUCCUGAUACUGAAUACAACGGCUCAAAGUAAACAGAAGAGUGGCUUAUCGCUGUCCGAAAAAGUACAAAACCUUAUGGAUAUGAACAACAAGAAGGCUUUGUUACGUUUUAAUGGUCAGAAAUUUAAGGAAUAUGUUAAGAAUUCCCCGAGAAACUAUUCCAUGAUUGUUAUGUUGACGGCUCUGGCUCCAUCGCGUCAAUGUCAGAUAUGUAGACAUGCCCACGAUGAAUUCCAAAUUGUUGCCCAAUCAUAUCGUUUCUCACCUGUCUAUUCGAAUAAACUGUUCUUUGCCAUGGUUGAUUUCGAUGAGGGUUCCGAUGUUUUCCAAAUGCUACGCUUGAACACUGCACCGGUAUUUAUGCAUUUCCCUGCUAAGGGUAAACCCAAGGGUGCCGAUACCAUGGAUAUCCAUCGUGUUGGUUUUGCAGCUGAUGCCAUUGGUAAAUUUAUUGCCGAACGUACUGACAUCCAAAUUCGUAUCUUCCGUCCACCAAAUUAUUCGGGAACGGUUGCCAUGAUAACAUUGGCUGCCUUGGUUGGUGGUUUCCUCUAUAUGCGUCGUAAUAAUUUGGAAUUUUUGUAUAAUAAAUCGAUAUGGGGAGCCAUUGCUGUGUUCUUCUGUUUCACCAUGAUCUCGGGGCAAAUGUGGAAUCAUAUUCGUGGACCACCAUUGGUACACAAAUCACAGAAUGGUGGUGUGGCCUAUAUCCAUGGUUCGUCACAGGGACAAUUGGUCGUGGAGACCUAUAUUGUUUUGGGUUUAAAUGCUCUCAUCUUCUUUGGCAUGCUGCUGCUAACGGAAUCUGGCAGCCAAACAGAUCCACGCAAGGGACGCAUUAUGUCCAUUGUUGGUUUAGCAUUAUUAGCUAUAUUCUUUUCAUUCCUACUUUCGGUGUUCCGUUCAAAGGCUCAAGGUUAUCCCUAUAGCUUUUUAUUUAAAUGAAAUUAUUUAUGGCAAAGUUUUUAAAUAUCUAAAAUUAAUGUAAACUUCAAUA